AUGACAAAACCCAAGACGAGGAGGCUGAAAAGAUACUUUUCAUGGAAAUGUGCGAGAUUUGCUUAUGGGAAAUGCAACGAUCUUUCGCUUCUCACAUCUCUCACCUACGAAGACAUUCAAAAAUUACAAGGAUCCGAAGCACGAAAAAAUUCAGAGAAGAAUAUCCUUAUCAAUGAUUUGGGCAAAGCAUAUGAUGUCCUUAAGACUGCCAAAAAGGAAGGAAGAAACCGUCAAGUCGAUAUUGUUCUCGAUAAUGCCGGAUUUGAACUUUAUGUCGAUUUAAUUCUUGCUGGAUUCCUUCUCAGCGCAGGUCUUGCUACAAAUAUCGUUUUGCAUUCUAAAGCCAUCCCAUGGUUCGUAUCAGAUGUUGUACCAAAAGAUUUCUCCGAUUUAUUAAACGCAUUGAAUAAUGCUCAAUCUUUCUAUUCCACACCUUCCGAAGACGAGCAAAGAGAUGGAAAAACACCAGAACCACUUUCCAAAAAGGAAGAAGAGGAAUUGGAUUUCUUGUUCAGCACUUGGAGCGAAUUCCAUGCAGAAGGUCAAUUGACUUUAAGAGCUAAUAGAUUCUGGACUGAAGGAGGUAGUUAUUGGAGAUUACCAGGCACGGCACCUCGACUAUAUGAAGAUCUCAAGGAAAGUGAUUUGGUCAUUUUCAAGGGAGAUUUGAAUUAUCGAAAGUUGACAGGGGAUGCUACUUGGGAUCCUACAACCCCAUUUACAAAGGCCGUUGGACCAUUAGGUCCAGGGUACGGUGUUAACGUACUGGCAUUGCGGACUUGCAAGGCGGAUGUGGUGGUUGGGUUGGAACCAGGACUGGAUGAGAAGUUGAGGGCUAUGGAGGGAGGGGGCGGAGAUUCUGGACAGAGAAAAUGGGGAUGGAGUGGGAAGUGGGCGGUGGUCAGUUUUUCGGGAGGGAAAUAG